GAGUUAUUUUGGACAAGAAAGGUAAAUAAUGCUGUCCUGAAACUAAACUUGUUAGUCAUGGCAAACGAGCGGAACUCUACUCACCCAAAAAAAAAUGCUAUACAGUAAACCCUACAAAUCUGCAUUUCCUUAGCAAAUUCCCAUCUUUUUGUUUUUGUUUCAAUAAAACCCAAAUCUUGCGUAUGAAAUUAGGUCUAAAGUCGAUUUCAAAGCGAUAAAUGUGAAAUUCUUUUUUGAAUUUUAUCCCUAUUUAGCCGUGUAAUUGAAUUUGACCCCUUUUCCUAUGCAUUUGAUUCCCUCUCAUUUCCACACAACCAAACGAAAUCACAGUAACUCACUCACUCACUUUUUUUUCUCCCCACCCUAACAAAAAUCAAUUCAAAUGGACGCCAUUGAAACUGAAUCCCAAGAACCCAAAUCAAAUGCCAUUGAAAUUGAAUCACAACAACCCACAACACUACCGGAUAAUGCCAAUUCUAAUCCACCGUCGAAUAAAAAAACUCGCCUCAAUAAUUAUGCUCUCGCUUGUGCUCUGUUCGCUUCCACCAAUUCUAUUUUAUUAGGCUACGAUAUUGGUGUAAUGAGUGGGGCGGUACUAUUUAUUCGAGAAUACAUGAAAAUUUCGUCAACCCAAGUCGAAAUUUUGGUGGGUGUGUUGAAUGUAUGUUCAUUAAUAGGCUCAUUAGCCUCAGGGAAAACUUCAGAUUGCAUCGGCCGGCGUUACACGAUUGUUUUAGCCGCCGGAACUUUCUUAAUCGGUGCGCUUUUAAUGGGUUUAGCUCCGUCUUAUCCAUUUCUCAUGGCUGGUCGUGUUGUGGCCGGAAUUGGGGUCGGUUACUCUCUAAUGAUUGCUCCGGUUUACUCUGCCGAGAUUUCCCCGGCCAUGACACGUGGCUUCCUCACCUCUUUACCGGAAGUUUUCAUCGUGUUCGGGAUUUUGUUAGGUUACAUUUCAAAUUUUGCGCUCUCCGGUCUGCCGAUUAAUAUCAACUGGAGAAUAAUGUUAGGCCUGGCUGCUAUUCCUUCUGUGUUAAUUGGGUUUGGGGUUAUAGCAAUGCCCGAGUCACCUCGGUGGCUUGUAACUCAAGGUAGGGUUGACGAGGCCAAACGGGUUUUGCUCAGAAUUACGGACAGUCCGGAGGAAGCUGAAGCUAGGCUUGCUGAAAUAACAAUGGCGGUUUCUAGUUUAGACCAACGUUCAGGUUCAGGUUCUUCAAAGUGGCAAGGUCAAGGCGUUUGGAAAGAGCUUUUUUUAAGACCAUCUCGGCCUGUCCGGAGAAUGCUUAUUGCGGCCAUCGGAAUUAACUUCUUUAUGCAAGCUUCCGGCAACGAUGCUGUUAUUUAUUACACUCCCGAAGUGUUCAAAGCUGCCGGAAUUCACAACAAGAAUGUUUUGUUUGGUGUUAAUGUCGUAAUGGGCUCUUCCAAGGCUUUUUUUGUCUUGGUCUCGGCUCUUUUUCUCGACCGGUUCGGCCGACGGCCGCUUCUGUUGUUUGGGACCGCCGGUAUGGCGGUUUCGCUGGUUGUUUUAGGGUUAGGUUCUAAGUUCCUUGAGAAUCCGGAUAACAGGCCACUUUGGGCUGUUAUUAUGUGUGUAGUGGCUGUUUGUGCUUUUGUUUCGUUUUUCUCUAUUGGGCUUGGGCCUAUUACCUGGGUUUACUCGUCGGAGAUUUUUCCGAUGAGGCUACGGGCUCAGGGGUCCGCCUUGGCUAUAUCGGUGAACCGGUUGGUGAGUGGGGUGGUUGCAAUGACAUUUUUAUCCUUUUCUAAGAAGAUUAGUUUUGGGGGUGUUUUUUUUGUGCUGGCCGGAGUAAUGGUGGUUGCUAUAGUGUUCUUUUAUGUGGUUAUGCCGGAGACAAAAGGCAAGACUUUAGAAGAGAUUACAUCUCUGUUUGAUGAUAAAGCUGAGUGUAGUGAAAAUACAAGAGAAGCUUAAUGUGUGUAAUCUAUGUGUAGUUAGUGAUGUGUACUCUUGAUUGUAUAGUCCAAUUAACAAAUUUAUGAGUCUAUUUGACCUUAA